AUGUUCUACGUCUACAUUUUCUUUUCCUUUUUCUUUCUUUCUUACUUUCUCCUUCCUCUCUUUCUCUCUCUCCCUCCUUCUCUCAUCCAUGUUCUACGUCUACAUUUUCUUUUCCUUUUUCUUUCUUUCUUACUUUCUCCUCCCUCUUUCUCUCUCUCACUCUCUCUCCCUCUCUCAUCCAUGUUUUACGUCUACAUUUUCUUUUCCUUUUUUUUCUUUCUUACUUUCUCCUCUCUCUCUUUCUCUCUCUCUCUCCCUCUCUCAUUCAUGUUCUACGUCUACAUUUUCUUUUUCCUUUUUCUUUCUUUCUUACUUUCUCCUCCCUCUUUCUCUCUCUCUCUCUCCCUCUCUCAUCCAUGUUCUACGUCUACAUUUUCUUUUCCUUUUUCUUUUCUUUCUUACUUUCUCCUCCAUCUCUUUCUCUCUCUCACUCUCCCCCUCUCUCAUUCAUGUUCUACGUCUACAUUUUCUUUUCCUUUUUCUUUCUUUCUUACUUUCACCUCCCUCACUCUCUCUCUCUCCCUCCCUCUCAUAUCCAUGUUCUACGUCUACAUUUUCUUUUCCUUUUUCUUUCUUUCUUACUUUCUCCUCCCUCUCUUUCUCUCUCACUCUCUCUCCCUCUCUCAUCCAUGUUCUACGUCUACAUUUUCUUUUCCUUUUUCUUUCUUUCUUACUUUCUCCUCCCUCUCUUUCUCUCACUCUCUCUCCCUCUCUCAUUCAUGUUCUACGUCUACAUUUUCUUUUCCUUUUCUUUCUUUCUUACUUUCUCCUCCCUCUCUUUCUCUCUCUCUCACUUUCUCUCCCUCUCUCAUUCAUGUUCUCCGUCUACAUUUUCUUUUCCUUUUUCUUUCUUUUUCUUUCUCCUCCCCUCUUUCUCUCUCUCCUCUCUCUCCCUCUCUCAUUCAUGUUCUCCGUCUACAUUUUCUUUUCCUUUUUCUUUCUUUCUUACUUUCUCCUCCCUCUCUUUCUCUCUCUCACUCUCUCUCCCUCUCUCAUUCAUGUUCUACGUCUACAUUUUCUUUUCCUUUUUCUUUUUUUCUUACUUUCUCCUCCCUCUCUUUCUCUCUCCUCUCUCUCCUCUCUCAUCCAUGUUCUACGUCUACAUUUUCUUUUCCUUUUCUUUCUUUCUUACUUUCUCCUCCCCUCUCUUUCUCUCCUCUCUCCCUCUCUCAUUCAUGUUCUACAUCUACAUUUUCUUUUCCUUUUCUUUCUUUCUUACUUUCUCCUCCCUCUCUUUCUCUCUCUCUCCUUUCUCUCCCUCUCUCAUUCAUGUUCUCCGUCUACAUUUUUUUUCCUUUUUUUCUUUCUUUUCUUACUUUCUCCUCCUCUCUUUCUCUCUCUCUCUCUCUCCCUCUCUCAUUCAUGUUCUACGUCUACAUUUUCUUUUCCUUUUUCUUUCUUUCUUACUUUCUCCUCUCUCUCUUUCUCUCACUCUCUCUCCCUCUCUCAUUCAUGUUCUACGUCUACAUUUUCUUUUCCUUUUUCUUUCUUUCUUACUUUCUCCUCCCUCUCUUUCUCUCUCACUCUCUCUCCCUCUCUCAUCCAUGUUCUACGUCUACAUUUUCUUUUCCUUUUUCUUUCUUUCUUACUUUCUCCUCCCUCUCUUUCUCUCACUCUCUCUCCCUCUCUCAUUCAUGUUCUACGUCUACAUUUUCUUUUCCUUUUCUUUCUUUCUUACUUUCUCCUCCCUCUCUUUCUCUCUCUCUCACUUUCUCUCCCUCUCUCAUUCAUGUUCUCCGUCUACAUUUUCUUUUCCUUUUUCUUUCUUUCUUACUUUCUCCUCCCUCUCUUUCUCUCUCUCACUCUCUCCCUCUCUCAUCCAUGUUCUACGUCUACAUUUUCUUUUCAUUUUUCUUUCUUUCUUUCUUUCUUACUUUCUCCUCCCUCUCUUUCUCUCUCUCACUCUCUCCCUCUCUCAUCCAUGUUCUACGUCUAUAUUUUCUUUUCCUUUUUCUUCCCUACAUCAGCAUUUUUAGUUUCGCAGCAUAUUUCACCUUUUCUUUUCGGCUUGUCCUCCUUAAUCUCACCUUGCACUUCGUCGUCGCACGCUUUUCUCUUUCAUCUUUUUCUCCUUGUUGUUGUUUGUUUGUUUUCCUCCUCAAAUGA